AUGGGUAAUAUGUGUUAUCGAGAUUAUGAUGAGGAGAAAUUGUUGGGAGGACAGGAAAUUAAGAAACCGGAAUCAGUGUAAGGAUCAAUUAUGAAACCCAAACAUUAUGGAGCUAGUGGAGAUGGUUAGACAAACGAAGUGGUAAAUUAGAAUCAAACUGAAAUGAUGGAUGAUCCUGAAUUACAAGUGGAAAAGGAUGAAUUUUAUAAAUUGUCCAAUGAAAAUACAAGGCAAUUGGACAUAGCAUCUAAAACUAAUGAGAGUGAAGGACAGGGCUAAUAAACUCAGAAGGUAAACAUAGACAGUUUCCGAUUGUUGAAAGUCUUGGGCAAGGGAUCGUUUGGGAAAGUUAUGUUAGUGCAAUAUAAAUCGAAUUCAAAAUAUUAUGCGAUGAAGGUGUUACAAAAGAAGAAUAUUAAGAAUGAGAGAUAAAAACGUCACACAGAGACUGAGAGAAUCAUUUUGGCAACAUGUUCUAGUAUCUUUUUAGUAAGAUUGAGAUAUGCAUUUUAAUCAUAAUAUAAAUUGUAUCUUGUUGUAGACUAUAUGCCAGGUGGAGAACUAUUUUAUCAUUUAAGAAAAGUGGGAAGAUUCAAGGAAGAAGUAGCUAAGUUUUAUGCAGCUGAAAUACUAUUGGGAUUGCAAUAUCUACAUGAAAACCACAUCAUCUAUAGAGAUCUCAAGCCAGAAAACAUAUUGCUAGAUGAAAAUGGUCACAUCAAAUUGACUGAUUUUGGUCUAUCCAAAAUUAUGAUGGAAGAAGACGAAACUGCAUUCAGUUUAUGUGGAACUCCAGAAUAUUUAGCACCUGAGAUUCUUACCACAAAAACUGGCUAUGAUAAAACCUGUGAUUGGUGGAGUUUUGGGGCCUUGUUGUAUGAGAUGCUUGUAGGAGCCCCUCCUCAUUACAAAGAGAAUAAAAAGGAAAUGAUUCGAAGGAUAUUGACAUAACCUAUUCCCUAUCCUUAAUAUCUUUCUGAAAAUGCUCGAUCUUUAUUGGAGUAAUUGUUGGUCGUAGAUCCAAAAAAACGAUUGGGAUAUGAAAAUGAUGGCUACGAUAUCAUGAAACAUGAUUUCUUUGCGGGCAUUGAUUUGGCUGAAAUCAUUUAACACAGAAUCCAACCACCUUAUAAAUUCGACAAAAAGGAAUUGAAGUAUUUUGAUGAGGGAAUGACCAAAUAAAUCGCUAAAGACACUCCUGUCAAUGGUACCUUGUUACCAAAUUAAAAUUUUUCAAAUUUCACAUAUCAACCCAGCAUGCAACAAGGUGCUAAUAUGAAAAAGUGAAGAACGGAAGGAAUGUAAUAUUUUGUAUCA